AUGGCAAAUUCAUUUGAGCAUCAAACCCCCUUCAAAGGACGGUGUUACCAAGAGCAACCCGAGCAAGCGACACCGAGAGCGACUCAACGCAGAGCUGGACACCUUGGCUUCGCUGCUCCCCUUCGAGCAGAACAUCCUCAGCAAGCUGGACCGUCUUUCCAUACUGCGGCUCUCCGUCAGCUACUUACGCACCAAAAGUUACUUCCAAGGUAA